AUGUCCUCUCCUCCCGAUGACCAAGCCACGCCAGGGGCAUUGGUUCAUGAGCUACUCAUCGCCAUAGAUCCUCAUAACAAGAAUGUCUUCUCUCACUUGAUUCCAUCCAUCGUGUCUGACUUGUACCAUCGAAUCGAAGAAUUGAGCAGCAAGUCGGUGGUUGAGACCAAGAAAGCCGAGGCGAGGAAGAAGCUGAUGGCAAGAUUUUACAAUCACAAGAACAAUUAUGCAGAGAGAGAAUCUGGCAAGAGAUUGACGUCGACUGGUCAGACAGAGCUAGUUUCCAAGACUGACAACAGCAACCAUGCCGUGAGCCGAAAAAUACAGGAGCCGAAGCGAGAAAAAGAGAAAGAGAAACAGAAAGACACAGAAAGAGAUGUUGAUGUUGACAUUGACCAAGUUUGCAGUAACCUUGAUCGGAAGCAUGGACAUGGAAAUGAAUACGAACAUGAACAUGGCCAUCCUCAUUCCCAUCCUCGAAAACGGAGGCCCGGAGUGUUCCAUUACAUUGACUACGACUACGACUACGACUAUGAUCCGGAGCCAGGCGAAGAAGGAAAGGGAAAUAUCCCCAAGAAACAACGCAGACAAGAUCAGAACGGCAAUGUCAAGGAGUCCACAAAUUCGUUCUAUCCUGUUGGAGGAUUGGUCCAUCGAUUCAAAAGCAAGAUGCAAGAAAAACCUGUCCCACUGCAGAAUCACCACCAUCUUCAGUCAAUGCCAGUGUCGACGACAGAGACGGCAACGGCACAGACAAAAAAGUCAACAAGCUCGUCUAGCAAUUCUCAACACAACCAAUCGAACAAGCACGAUCAUCAUGGCCAUCAAAACGCAACUCCAUCAACCCUACAAACCCCACCAAACGGGCUGACCAAACCCCGACCAUAUCUCUACCCAUAUCCCUACCUCAAAUCCAACGUCUGGAAGAAACCAAAAGACGAAACCGAUCCAACAAUCUCUACAGCCUCUACAAUCGCUGCUCCAUCCUCCGCGAUCCUACCACCACAAUUCUACAAAAAUCGUGUCUCAGCCGCAUCUAAGAUAAGCAUUGGUAAACAGACAAAAUACUCACCUACCGAAGACAAGGACAAGGAAAAUAACAAUACAAAUGCAAGUGUUGUCCCUGUCAUUGCUGCACCUAGUUCUACAGCAACUGUUACAAUAAUGACUCCUUCACCCGCGCCUCAUGCGACCACAACAACAACAACGAUUGAAGAGAAGAUGGCAAAGACUGAGGAACUCGUUGAAGUCAGUCAUCGCAGUUCAGGACGAUAUUUCAAUUCCCUUCCAGAUGAAUUGGUUUUGGAAGCAAAACAAUGGUGUGAGGAAUGGGUGGGGAAGAAGGAUGAUUGUGGCAGCAAGGAUAGUGCCAGUGGUGCCGGUGGUGAAGAUGCAGAUUGGGAAUUCGCGUAA